GAAGGCGAAACAGGGAUGGCAGCAACACGGAGUCCUGUUAACUGGAUGGCAUCCUUACCUGAGGACAAGAGCCUAUCGUCCAUCACUAUCCCCGGCACACAUAAAAGUCUCUCGUACGAUGGGCUAAUCCUGUACAGGUGCCAGGAGCUUGAUUUACAAGCUCAGCUCAAUGCUGGAGUGAGAUACUUUGACAUGGAGCUGAAGACAGGGAUUAUUGAUAGAACCACCAUUUAUGUCAAGAUUGGAACGAUCUUCAAAUAUGUCAGGUUCACAGAUGUUCUAAAGACAUUUAAAGUAUUUUUAAGUAAUCAGGAGUUAGAAACUGUGCUCCUGCGGGUCACUCCUGAUAGAAACGCUGUUCACAUUGUAAAAGACCUGUUCAGUCAAGACUUAAAUGUAUGGAAAGAACCAAACGUACCCUCAGUUUCUCAGGUCAGGGGCAAAAUCGUCUUGAUUCAAAGCUCAACCUUUCAUGUAGGAGUAGCCCCCGGUGUCACGUUGAUUUUUCAUAAUCGAAAACCAAAGGAGGAACAACUACCGGAACACCUCAGACAGGCUGGGAAGUAUUGUGUUGAUCAUUUGGUCGUCACGGAUACAAGCUCUACUAAUCUAUUUGAUGUGCCCGAAAAAGUCGCAAAGAAAUUAAACUCAGUGGUGGGCCACCAUCUUGAGAUGCUCCUAAAGGACUCAAAUAGGCCACCGUGUCUUGGAGUGAUUGCUAUGGAUUUCCCAGGUCCAGAGCUCAUCAAGACAGUUAUUGCUUUCAACUUAAGAGGAGCAACUAAGUUACGAUGAAAAAUGAUGAAAACACUGUGAAUGAUUUAUGAAAAGCAUGAGGAGCGAUGGUUUAUGAAAAGGAUGAGGAGCGAUGGUUUUGAUAGUCCAGCAUCAAUGACACCAACAACUUCAACGACAACCCACUGUGUUAUGUCAAUGUUUCCUGAGUUGUGGAAUCAGCUACCCUAGGUCAGCCAUAAUGUUCCUCUUAAGGAAAAAUAAAAAGAUCUCCCUUCAUUCCA